AUGGCAGAGCCGAUAUGUCGUUGUGAGGAAUUUUAUAUAACCCCUCCCUCCUAUCACUUCCUUCCGCAAACAGCCCUCCGGCGUGUUGACUUUGCGGACGAAAGCAAUCAGCAAACAGUAUCCCCCAAUCCCAGUACAAACUCGAGUUCAACUACAACGGAAUAUAAUGGCUUCCGCUCUAGAAGUCUUGAACCCUCGCCUUACAAUUCCUUCAAACAACAUCACGUCCCUACUGCUCCUAUUCUCACUCCAAACCCCAUUCGUGCAAGAAAUCGUCAACAGCUUCAAGUGGCAUUCAGCACUCCGGAAAGUGACUACGAGACUCCGGAGACAGUGUGGCGACGAGCUCAGCUAAUAACGCCGUCUGUUCGUCGAACAGAGAGCUCUCGAUAUCCAUAUAAACUUCUUCCAGACAAUGUUCAAAGCAACUUGAGCGGUGCUAGAGCUCAGAUUGGUGCGGAUGCCACUUCUAAAGGCCUUUCACGCUCACCAGAAGAGGUGACACCCAAGCCAACACUUCAUUUUGGACCCAGGAAACGAUUCACUGGACUAACUAGCUCGGUUAGACGAGAAUUGCUUGCGCCACAAAUUCAAAGAAGAUACUUUAGGCCUGUGAAGACUGAUGAUGAGGACUCCGACAAUGACGUUGAUUGUAGUGUGGAAACGAAACCCAUAACCCUUGCUGAGGUUCUGAAGCAAAGAAAUGGAGUACGUUCUAAAACUGUAAAAUGCAUUAGAUUGGCAUAA